GAUAUUGCCAGUACCUACCAUUUCUCUUACUUGCGCCUAAUGUAAAUUUUGGAAAAUAACAAGAUUUUUCUCAAAUAAAUAAAGAAUUUUUAAACAACCAUGCAAAGGGGUAAAAUAUCAUUUGGAAAAAUCAAUUUGAAUCUCAGUAAGCCGCCUGCGGCUGCGGGAAAUGAAAGCCAACCGCAAGCCGGGCCAAGUGAUGGCGGUGGUUUCAAAAAAAUCGAUAAAAAUCAGAUGAUCAAACAAAUUGAAGAUGUUACUGAAGACUUGGAGGCCCAGCGGCUAAAAGAAGUCAUGGGUCUGACCGGAUUCGGUAGGAAGACGGCCAAAGUUUUUGAUAUCAACGAACAAAUUGCCAAAGCCAAGGAAGUUGCUCCAGCACCACCACCCGCCAGUGAUGAAGAUGAUGACGACGAUGAGGACAUUAUUGGACCUCUGCCCUCCAUGGCCUCUGGGGAUAAUGGUGGCGAAACCAAAGAACCAUCUAAAAAGCCAUCAAAAAAUAGUGACGAUGACGAAGACGACGAUGAUGAUGACGACGACGAAGAUGAAGAUUUGGAAAAGAAAAUCCCCGAUAGUCAUGAAGUUAAAAUGCAGCAUGGCUCCAAAGCCAUUUUGGCCUUAGCUGGAGAUCCUGCUGGUGCCCGUUUGGUAUCUGGUUCCAUAGAUUAUGAAGUAUCCUUUUGGGAUUUUGCUGGUAUGGAUUCGUCUAUGCGUAGUUUCCGUACCAUACAACCAUGCGAAAAUUAUCCCAUACGUGAUCUGCACUAUUCGAUAACGGGAGAUAUGAUUUUAGUCAUUUCCGGCAAUUCCCAGGCAAAGAUAUUAGAUAGAGAUGGUUUCGAGAAAAUGGAAUGUGUCAAGGGUGAUCUUUAUAUUACCGAUAUGUCCAAGACAAAGGGACAUACGGCACAAUUGACUUCCGGCUGCUGGCAUCCAUAUACUAAAGAAGAAUUUCUAACUGCAGCCAUGGAUGGCACUUUGCGUAUUUGGAAAGGCAUAAAGAAUAAGGAACAGCACACGGUCAUAAAGAUUAGGGCACAGGGUGGUCUAAAGACCAAUGCCUCAUCGUGUGCCUAUAAUCGGGAUGCCACUCUUAUUGCGGCUGGUUGUAUCGAUGGUUCCAUACAAAUGUGGGAUACACGAAAAAUGUUCGUCAACACAACCCAUUGCUUGAGGGGUGCUCAUCAAAAGGGUUCCGAAAUAACCUCAAUUAUGUUUUCAUAUUUGGGCCAGCAAUUGGCCACCCGAUGUAAUGAUGAAACCAUGAAGCUGUGGGAUAUCAGAAGUUUCAAACAGCCCUUGCAUGUUUGGUCAAAUCUAUAUUCACGUUAUGACACCACCGACUGUUGUUUUAGUCCGGAUGAUAAGAUAUUGGUAACCGGAGAAUCCCUAGCCAAGGGGGAGAAAGAAGCCAAUUUACAUUUCUAUAAUACUCAAACAUUUGAAGAAAUCAAGAGAAUUGCAGUCACCGAUUCGCAUAUCAUAAAAACAUUAUGGCAUCCCAAGCUAAAUCAAUUGUUUGUGGGCUGUGGUAAUGGUGUCAUAAAAUGUUACUACGACGAGCAGAGAUCGUUGAGGGGAGCCAAAUUGUGUGCCGUCAAGAAAUAUCGCAAGAAGCGACAAGUGGAAGUUGUUGGUGUUUCGCAAAUCAUAACUCCCCAUGCCCUGCCUAUGUUCCGCCAAGAGAAAUCGGGAUCGUCGCGCAAGAAAAUGGAAAAAGAUCGUUUGGAUCCAGUUAAAUCCAGGCGACCAGAUUUGCCCAUCACAAGUGGUCAGGGUGGUCGUGUUGCUAGUUCCGGUGGCACUCUCAGUUCAUAUGUUAUACGUAAUUUGGGUCUGAGUAAGCGUGUCGAUGAUGAUCAAGAUCCCCGCGAAGCCAUUUUGAAAUACGCCAAAGAAGCUGAAGAAAAUCCAUAUUGGAUUGCACCGGCCUAUAAACAAACACAACCGAAACCAGUGUUUUCAUCCGGCACAGAAGGUGGUGCAGAUGGUGAUGAUGAUGGUGACGACGAACCUGGCAAUAAGAAAGCUAAGAAGGAAUAAAUGUAUAUAUUUAAGUAUACACAUGUAUAUGCCUGUUUGAUUUGUAGGUCCAUAUAUAUAUUUAUGUGAGGUUAUGUAUAGUAUUUAAGAUCGGAAAGUUAAGAAACUGAUGUGGUUUGAAUGCUAACUACAGGAGCCAAUUAGAUGUUUAAGUAAAAUGGAUUAAGACAUUAAUUUUAAAGCAUGAUGACACUUGUAUUCAAUGCGUUUAUGAAAAGAAUAAAAUAUGAAAUAUAA